UCGCAAACUGUCCUCUGCUUCACAAGCGCUGCUCGCCAUAAUCUUGAGAGCUCCAUUUCAAGAUCUGACCCGAAUAUUUGUCUUUCAGCUUUCUUAGAAAUUCAACCAUGGUUGCACAGGUAUUCACGGUGGAUCUGAAUAAACCCCUUGUCUUCCAGGUUGGCCAUCUUGGAGAAUCUUAUCAAGAGUGGGUUCAUCAGCCUAUUCCUAGCAGAGAAGGUCCUCGGUUUUUUGAAAGUGACUUUUGGGAGUUUCUCACCCGCACUGUGUGGUGGGUAAUUCCUCUCGUUUGGCUCCCAGUUGUAUGCUGGUUCGUUUCAAUGUCUCUUCGGAUGGGUCUCACGAUUCCUCAUGUUGCACUACUGGUAGUAUUUGGCAUUUUCAUUUGGACACUAGUGGAAUACAUUCUUCACCGCUACCUUUUUCAUAUUAAGACAAAGAGCUAUUGGGGGAAUACCAUUCAUUAUCUUCUUCAUGGUUGUCACCACAAGCACCCCAUGGAUGGGCUACGCCUUGUUUUCCCUCCUGCUGCAGCAGCUGUUCUCUGUGUGCCAUUCUGGAACCUAGUAAAGCUCUUUGCCACUCCAUUGACUGCUCCUGCUUUGUUUGGAGGAGGCUUACUGGGUUAUGUGAUGUAUGAUGUAACCCAUUACUACUUGCACCAUGGACAACCCACGAGUGAUGUGCCAAAAAAUCUCAAGAAAUAUCACCUGAACCACCAUUUUCGUAUUCAGAACAAAGGUUUCGGCAUUACUUCUGCAUUGUGGGAUAGAGUGUUCGGAACAUUACCACCAUCAAAAUCAGAUUUGAAGAGUCGAUAAUUGAAUUCAGAAAGCAUUUGUCAAGAAAGACUUUAAUAGCCUUCAAGAUUCUUUUUUCACCAACUGCAUUCUUUCAUCUACUGCAAUGCCUUUGUGAGAGAGUAUUAUGAGAAAUUUAGUAGCCGUGCUCUUGGCAAUGUUAGUGUAUGAGAAUGUUUUGACUACUAAUGUAUAUGCAUCAGUCUCUUGUUUGUUAACCAUAGUUCUUUAGAAUUCAUUAUUUCGUUAUGUAUCAUUUUCUCAUUAAAGGAAUAGUAAUUCCUGUAGCCGUAGGAGAAUGAAUCCAAAUAUAUUGUGAAAA